AUGCUCACAACCCCACGUCUCUUCCUGCGCGCAUUCAAGCAGUCUCGUCCUCUAUACACCACCAAAUCGUCCCACGCUUUCGUCAAGGCAUUCGCGACAAUGGCGACCGAUCCGAGCAAGUACAAGCUGAACCAUUCCAUGAUCCGGGUCAAGGACCCCAAGCGAUCAGUCCAGUUCUACGAGUUCCUGGGCAUGAAGCUCAUCAACAAGCUCGAGAACCCCGAUGCGAAGUUCGACCUCUACUUCCUCGCAUACGACAGCCCCAAGGCUGCAUCGCACGGCAACCACUGGACCGACCGCGAGGGUAUCGUCGAAUUGACCCACAACUACGGCACCGAGAACGACCCCGAUUACAAGAUCACCAACGGCAACACCGAGCCCCACAAGGGUUUUGGUCAUCUCUGCAUUUCGGUUGACAACCUCCAGGCUGCUUGCCAGAGGCUUGAGGAUGCGGGAUACAAGUUCCAGAAGAAGUUGACAGACGGGCGCAUGAGGCACAUUGCCUUCGUGCUUGAUCCUGACGGAUACUGGGUUGAGGUAAUUGGUCAGCAGCCGCUGGAAGCGACCGAGAACAUCAAGGAGACCAACGUCGAGACAUACCGCAUGAACCACACUAUGAUCCGUGUCAAGGAUCCCAAGAAGUCGCUUGCCUUCUACCAGGAUGUCAUGGGCAUGAAGCUCAUGCGCGUUUCGGAGAACAAGGAGGCAAAGUUCAAUCUUUACUUCCUCGCCUAUGGACCGCCUGCUCCUGAGAAUUCUCCCGAGGGCGUUAGCCCUAUUGCUGACCGUGAGGGUAUCCUGGAGCUGACCUGGAACUACGGCACGGAAGAUGACGCGGACUUCAAGUAUCACAACGGAAACGACCAGCCCCAGGGCUUUGGUCACAUUUGCAUUGUUGUCGACGAUCUUGAAGCCGCCUGUGCUCGGUUUGAGGAGAAGGGCGUCAACUGGAAGAAGAGGCUGACUGAUGGCCGCAUGAAGAACAUUGCUUUCAUCCUUGAUGAGGACAAUUAUUGGAUUGAAGUCGUACAGAACGAGAAGCUGAAGCAGAGGGCGAACUGGUAA